UACUCACAUCCACAGCUUUACCUCCAUUCAGUCUUUCACUCCUUUCUGCCUUACCAGCUCACAGUAGCUCAUUCCUUUGCUUGGCUAAUCAGCUCAACAAUGACCAUGAGGACCCUGGCAAUCCUAGUUUUAACCCUUUUCACGCUGGUUUUAAGUGAGAACACAACCUUGGAUGCAGCCAACGAAAACACAACACAAAACGGACAGAGUUCAUCUAUCGCAACAACUGUUUCAAUGACUGAAACUCCAAAGGUGCGAGAACCAACACCUACACCUCGCAUAACUAAUAAGACACCAACUGUGCCAGCCACAGGAAAGAAGUCCACCACUCCCACUGCGUCUUCACAGUCUCCAUCAUCACCCACAGUGACAUCUGAGUCACCCACCAACUUCACCCAACUUAACAAAACGUCUUCUUCACCAGAAAACAAGACCAUCGCUCGAGCCAACAGAAGCAAUGGUUCCAAGACUGUAAUUGUUGUGAUUCUUCUACUCAUCCUCUUGGUGUGUGUGUUGGUGGGAUGCAUCCACAGCUUGUGGAAACGCCAGUCCACUCAGGAUGAUUCUACCCCGAGACUCCUUCUGAGUAUGAGGGAAAGACUGAGAGCUGGGAUCAACAACCUGGGUGACCGGAUAGGGAUUGUCCUCUGGCCAGGGAGCAAGAGAGAAGGAGAAGAGGAUGAGGAUGAGGAGGAGGGGGAGGAGGAGGAGGAGGAGGAGGAGGCAGAAGGGAAACAAGGAGAUGUGGAGGAAGGAGGACAGGGGAGAGAGAAUGGUGGCAACAUUGAAGGAAAAGACGAAGCGGGAGAAGAGAGUGAUUCAUCAGAUGACUACUCCAGUCUGGAGGGGAAAGACCUACGGGAGAUGGCGCUGAGCAGACAAGAGGAUGAGGCCAAUAAACGGAGUGGGGAUGAAGAUGAGGGUGAAAGGAGCGUUCCCAGUGAUGGACGGCACAGUCCUACACAAGGUCAGGAGAAUGGAAAAAAGGAGGGAGGUCUGGAGGCGACUGUACUCAUCAACUCUCCGACUGAAGAAGAUGAGAAUGUAGAGUUAUGUGAUGAAACCGUUUUCUAAUGAGGUGAUGCAUGAUGGGAGGAGGAGAGAAUGUAAAGAGGGUUGAAGAAGGGGCUGAAACUAGAGAAAGUUUUGUAAUACAGGGGUUAAACUAGAAUUGGUAUAAAAAAAAAAUAAAUUAAAAAAAAAAAAAAAAGGGAAGAUUAAUUUUACUGUGACCAUUUUAUUAUCUGCUAUGGGCGUUGAAAAUCCUCUAUUACAGUGCUUUCCAACCUUGGGGUCGGGACCCCACGUGGGGUCACGUGGAA